AUGCCCAACCUGGGGGCCCGGGACCCACAGAGGACACCAAAAGGUGUGGGGGAGAAAAGCUUCACUAACCCCACAGAGGGACAGGUGUCGCUGAGCUCCGGAGCUCCGCAGCGCCGCCCGCCCCGCCCCGCCCUGCCUCCCUGCCUCCGCCGGCCCGUGGACCCGCUGCCCGGAGCCCGCUGCCCGGAGCCCGCUGCCCGGAGCCCGCUGCCCGGAGCCCGCUGCCCGGCUCUGCUCCCCCCGGACGGACCAGCAUGGUGGACAACGCCAGCCUGGCGCACGGCUCCUUCCCCGCCGGGAGCCUCCCGCUGCAGCCCGCCCCCCCCCGCCGCCCCGCAGCCCGGCGGCAUGCGGCUGGAAGCCGUGAUGGAGAACCUGCAGCGGCAGCAGGCGGCGCGGCUCGCCCUGGAGGAGAAGCUGCGGCAGGCGGACCAGGAGAAGGACCUCCGCUGCGCGGUGGAGUCCCACAUCCAGCAGCAGGCGCUGGCGUUCCGCCACUACCAGGCGGCGGUGCGCGGAGCCCUGGCCGCCGGGGUGAGCGCCUCGGCCGCGCGGGGCACGCUCCCGCACCUGGGGGUCCGCAGGGGGGGCUGCGGGGAGUCUCCCGGGACCGACCCGGAGCCGGACGAGCAGGAGGCGAUGGAGGAGGAGGAGGAGGAGGAGGAGGAGCCGGGGGACCAGUACCAGGGAGCCGGGCUGUCCCCGGACAUCAGCCUCGUGACCCGGGUCCCGGCCGCCUUCGCCCCGGGCCGCCGCCCCGAGUCCCCGCCGGGCCCGCAGCAGCCGCAGGCCGGCCCGCAGCACGAGUGGACGUACGAGGAGCAGUUCAAGCAGUUGUACGAGCUGGAUGACGAUGAAAAGCGCAAAGAGUUUCUUGAUGAUCUUUUCAGUUUCAUGCAAAAAAGAGGGACUCCGGUGAAUCGGAUUCCUAUCAUGGCCAAGCAGGUGCUGGACCUCUACAUGCUCUACAAGCUCGUCACAGAGAAGGGCGGCUUAGUGGAAGUCAUCAAUAAGAAGAUAUGGCGUGAGAUCACCAAAGGCCUUAACCUCCCUACCUCCAUCACCAGUGCAGCUUUCACCCUGCGAACACAGUAUAUGAAGUACCUCUACCCGUACGAAUGUGAGAAGCGGGGGCUGAGCUCCCCCGGCGAGCUCCAGGCCGCCAUCGACAGCAACCGGCGGGAAGGCCGGCGCCAGAGCUACGGCUCCGCCCUCUUCAGCUACUCCCCGGUGGCCACGCCCACCCUCCUGUCCUCGCCCAAGAUCUCCAUGGCCCACCUGUCCAUGCCCGCCCACAACAGCUCCCACGUGCCCCAGCUGCCCGGCAUCAAGAAAGAGGAGCCCCUGAUGCCCGGCGGCCUGCCCGGCCGGGCGGCACUCCCCAUGUCGCCCGGCGGACCCCACGCCGCCGCGGCGGCCCAGGCGGCGGCUCUGGAGCAGCUGAGGGAGAAGCUGGAGGCCGGAGAACCUCCAGAGAAGAAGAUGAUGCUGAUGGCAGAAGAACAGCAGAGGAUGAUGCAGCACGCUCUGCAGCACAACCUGCUGGCCAUGGCCUCACAGCUGCCCGUCAACAUCAGGCUCAACAGCAGAGAUGAUAGACAAGAGACCGCAUUGAACCUGUCUACCAACGGCAUUAGCAGCAUCAACAUGUCAAUAGAAAUAAAUGGAGUUGUCUACACAGGCAUCCUGUUCGCUCGGCAGUCGGCCAUCGCGGGAAUGACGGGACAGCGCCGGAAGCAGGGCCACUGUCAGACUCAGGGAAAGAGCAGUCCCUCACACUUCCAGCCCUCCUGCUCCUCCUCCUCCUCCUCUUCAUCCUCCUCCUCAUUCCACAGAAACUCCUCCCCCUAAGCCCCCCCCCCCCCCCCCCCCACCCCCACCCCCACCCCUCCGCCCAGCAUACCAUCACAACGGCGGUGUGUGGAGGGAGUGGUGUCCCGGGUCAGCCCCCCCUGCUCCUUCCCUUCUUCUCGUUCAGCAGCUUUACCUUCUCAAGUCUCAAACUUCUUCUUUGCUCUUCGGCUCAGCCUGGAAUAGAUCCAACGCCGUCCCCCGUCGACUUAGAGUGGUCCCAGAGAGGGCUUCGUCCCAGAGAGGGCGUCGUGACGGCGACAUACAGAAAGCGUCAGCGCGGCGAAGGGGUGGUCCCAGCAGAAGCGUUGUCUCAAUCAGCAGGUGUGGCGGCUGAACUGCCAGCUAUCAGCACGAGACGGCGGCCAAUCCUCAACAACCAAACCUCCCAAACUGGCUGCUUACAGCAGAUACCAAAGAAGAAGAGACACGGGUCGCCGGUUCAACAGCUCCAACUGCUCCGGAGAGUACGCACCGCUGAUCGUUCUGGCAGGAGUGCAAAAGCACAGUGAAAUCCCAGGAAUCCUCCCGGAGGGUUCACUGCUGCCGAACGUCUCUCCGCAGCAAACUGUAGAAGUGGUCUUUCCUCCUGGCUUUCAGUGACUCCAUCGUUUUGCCAUCUUGUUGACAGAAAUCUCCUGAGAAGCCACAGGUGCUGGUGAUCCGUUCCCAGAUAGAUGAUGGAAUCAAGAACACUGUGUCCCAAGCUCAGACUGGCUCUGCCAAAGGUCACCGCCGCUGUGUAAAACCUUCAUAAACCGCUCACCUGCUCAGUGUGCGAAGCUGUUUUAAACCCGUCAGCUCUUCCACACACUGAGACGACUGGCGGGGAUACUUCCUGUUAAAGUCACUAAAAAGAAGGACGUCACAUCCAGGAGCAGGUCAGGUGACGGCGCC